GCGAAAGGGAAGAAGAAGGCCCCGGCGGGCGCUUCUGCCAGGGAGGGGCCCUCUCAAACUGCUGGCGCUGCUGCUGGCGCCGGAGGGUCCAAGGGUGCUGGGCCCGUUAAGAAGAAGAUUGCUGGAAAGGGGACCGAGCCCCCGGCCAAGAAGCCGAAGACCACCGCCCCUACCAAACAACCGAUCACCGAUGUGGUGGUGAUUGUGGACGAAGGGCACGCUUCUGCCUCCACCCCCCAGGAACAAAUCAAUCAGGAGUUCUUUGGGCGGGAGAGGUUGGAGGCGUUAGUACCGAAGGGGGCCUCUGUGUUGGAGGGCAGCUUGAACCCUUCGGCUCUGAUGAGCCAGAUGCUGCCGUCGGCCGACCGACUGGCCCUUGCCCGGCUGGACGAGGGAUCCCUCGAGGCGAAGGUCCUCCUGAAUGCUGCCUCCACAUUUAUGGGCCUCUGCGAGCACCUCCGAAGGGUGGAUCAAAUGAGGGAGGCUAAGGGUGCCGCCGAGGGGGAGGCCGCCCUCCUCAGGAAGAAGCUUGCUGAAGCCGAGGACUCUCUCCGUCUGGCCACCGACGGCAUGGAGCAGAGGGUGCAGGC